UAAUUGUUUAGAAAAAUCGUUCAAUUUUUUUUUUAACCAAAGGACGAGUUUCUAUUUUCACAUGGUCACGAAACAUAGUAUAGUCGCCUCUUGAUUGCGUCACUCAUGCGCCGAACUCAUCAAGGAUUACGUGCAGUUUGAAAACGACCUGUCGUCAAAAUGGCAUUGGAGACCCACGACAACGAUAUAUUUGAUUGUAUUCUCAUGGCGGAUGAAAAAUUCCGUGGGGAGGGCUACCAAGAAGGCUUCGAAAAAGGGACCUACCAAGGUCUGCAGACUGGUCGCAAACAUGGAGCCUCUCACGGGGCUAAACUGUCCACGGAGAUUUCCUUUUAUCAUGGAUUUGUCGUUACAUGGAAAUGUCUUCUUCAGCAUGGACCAGACCCCAAACUCCGAAAACGUGUCAAAGCCCUUGAAUCUUUUCUGUAUUUGAUCCAGAAUUGCAGCUGCGAUGACCCCCAAUCUGCAAAACUGCAGGAGGAUAUGGCGAAACUUCGAUGCAAAUUCAAACAGGUCUGCUCCAUGCUUAGCAUCCAAACGGACUUCAAGGAUUACACCAAAACGUCUCAAGCAGCUUCUUUCUAAAUCUUGACAAUACUUGAAUGGCCAACGUGGAAACGCUAUCUUGACAAACCCAAAGAUCUUCAACCUGGAUUUCCAUGGAAACACGAAGCAUAUGUUGCUUGUCUGUUAGUUUUAAAAAAAGUGUGUGUGGUUCCCAGUCCAGGCCACAGCGGUCAGGAUGUGAGCGUCCAGGUGAAGGGAACAUCGGUGGGUACGAUUCUGGUGGCUGGGGACCUAUUCGACUGCUGUGCCGAU